AUGGCGAGAGGCGCAACUCUGAACCCGACCUCGAUGCCCUUCUUCCCUGGCAGUAUGCGAAAUAUUGAAGAAGAUGGGACCACUGGGUUCAGAUUUGGGGUUCCCACACUUCGGGAGCAAGAUGGAGCGUCUGCGUCCUCUCAAUCAGCUUGUUCCGCUGAUCGCAGGUCUUUGAAGUCGUCCCCAAGUCCACCCCGAUUAUUGGAGCACACUGGAGCGCUCGAUUCUCUCCCAGACGCCCGCUUCCAGCUGUCGCCCCCGCACGGCGAUAGACCUCCAUAUCUCCAUCAGGUUGAGCCUGAGAGGCAGCAUAUGUUUCGUGCGCGAGACAUGAGCAAGGUUGGGAGCUUAGAGUCCCUCCCAGAAGCAGAUGAUACCCCCAAUCCAAAUACCCAUGAUGAAGGCAUGCACACUCUGGGCGAUUCGUCUCCAUUUAUCUCGGCUCUCGUGCAGCAAUCCCGGAAUCGCAAUGUAACACCUCCGGUCAACAUUAUGAAUACCACAUUACGUUCUUCAUCAUUCAACAUCAGUGGACCAUUCCCCUCAUCGUCUCCGGUCUCAUCUUUGGACUCGGGCAGUCAACUUGCCUCCAGUGCUGAUUUUCAUCAUAAUCUGGAGGCACAACUCAAAGCUUCUCCACUCAUACGUGACCUCUUAGACCGGCUUCAGCGUUGCGAGUACAACACACGCGAAAUCCAGCGUGAUAUCAGCGACAUACAUCGUAAAGUCAACAUCCUCAUUGAGAGGACCCUGAGCACUGUCACCUCUUCCAACAGCGCUCAACCUGAAUUCCAAAAUCCUUUCGCACCCGCUUCUGGCGCGUCGACACCGGCGGUCAAUAUCCCGAGGGCCUCAUUCAGUGCAAACAUUGCUCCAAAUCAAUCACCUCCUGGGGAUGAUAUUACACAGAUAUCUCAACGCCUGAACACGUUGACCACGUCCGUUGGGCAAUUGUUGGCUCUUCAAACACAGCAGCAUAUUCAGAAUGCUACCACGGGCCUUCUUCCUGCCCAGAUGGGACGCUCUACCCCGCAAAUGCAGGACAUGGCUCCAAACCAAGCUUUCCCCCACGGCAUGGGGUCUAACCCUACUGCCCUUGGUCAUGGUAUACCGAACAGACCAGAUAUGCGACCAUCACCACGCGCUCCCAAUCCCCCGAUGCGCACUUGGUCGGCGGGAACGCUUGAUCUUCCCAUGCGGAGCGAGACUCUCGGUAGUUUGGGACGACUCGAACCCCCACGGGACAAACGUCGUUCUGUCACUGGGAGCAUGAUGCGGCGCGAAUCUGUAGGCAUGAUUGAUGCACAGGGCAAUGAGGUGUCUGGUAGCUCAGGUCGUGAUAACGGUUCCAUGGUUUCCAAGUGGGAACAGUUGAAUCUUGCGCCAGAUUUGCUUCGUUCUCUCAGCAAAUUUGGUGUCGGCCCUCCCAACAAGAUUCAGCAACGCGCGCUUCCCUUUCUUCUGCGUGGCGCAGACAUUAUUGCGCAAGCUCCACCCACCCAAGAGCGGAUUGCAGCAUAUGUCAUACCCGCUAUUCAGGUAGCUGUGGUGAACACUGCUGGACGCCCCCCUACCAGGGGACCUCUAGUAAUCAUGAUAUCUACCACGGUCGACCAAGCUACACAGGCUCAGCGUAUGAUUCGUGACCUCGGGGGUCCGAUUGGUAUUAGAUCUGCGCUAGGCGUAGGUACAUCGACUUCGCCUAGUGACCUCAGCCAGGAGCUCCGCCUCCUGCAGCAGAACAUGCCCCACAUCAUUUGUGGUACUCCGCAGAAGCUACAUGCACUCUUCACUGCCUCUGGAGGUCUCGUCGGAUCUGAAGUCCGCUUCCUCGUUCUUGAUGAGGUUGAUCAACUGAUUGCCCGCAACUUACACGAGUUCGUCUUCAACAUAGUGAAGCUUCUUCCUCCGCCAAGGUCUCGCCCUGUUGGGAAUGUAACGCCGAACUCUGCUUCUGCCCCGCCCCAACCUUCUUUCAGUUCCUUUGAUGCAAACAGCCACCCUGGUUUGGCGACUUCUAACACAGGACGCAGGUUUUCUGCUAUUCCCCCAUCCCCUCCGAAUGAUACUACCGGCUCCUCGAACGUUAUUGAACGACAGACUGCACUGUUUUCCAACACUGUGCCGCAGGACGUUCUCAAUCUAGCCACGGCUAUCCAGCUCAAGGAACCUGUGCGCGUUCUAGUCCGCCGUGAUGGAAAUGUCACCAGCACCGAGUCCGCGCAAGGGUCUCGCGGUCUUAGGCAAUUCUACCUAUAUCUUGCUUUCACCGCUGGUGUGAGAUCAGAUACAACUAAUCCUGCUGCACCGGGUGGUGGACAUGGCAUCAUUGGUUCUGGCCGCGGGGCAUCGAGCGCUGAAAGUGCACAAGCUCGCGAGUGGAAGCUUGACGCGUUGGCUGAUAUUUUUGAUGACGUCGAGGUCAGCCAGGCGAUCGUGCAUGUCGGUGGCAUGACAUCUUUGGAUUCGGUUGUCCACAAGCUUGCUAGCCGUGGGCUGGAAGCCGUCCCUCUUCACGGCGACAUGAACGCAGGCACAAAGUUAGCGGCGCUGAACAAGUUCAAAAGUUCAGCUUCAGUCAUGAUGAGAGAGCCUGUGACCAAAGUGUUGGUCGUGAAUGAUGUGCAGGUGAAGACCCCAGAAGUGUCCCACGUUCCUUUGAUCAUCAACUAUGACCUUCCCAAAGCUGUAGAAGAAUACGCGCAUCGCGUUGCUCCAGCCAUUGCUUCCAAUUAUGCACGUGCUGGCGUUGUAGUGAACUUUGUCACUGCGACUGGGGGUGAUGUCGAAAUGCUUCGCUCUAUUGAAUGUUUUUACAAGUAUGUACUUUGA